CUGACACAAUGUCCUCUUCCCCGAACAUGUUCCAUUUCAACGAUUUCAACAACAACUACAUCGAAGAUCCCGAUUACAUUCGGGACCACAUAGGGGACUUCUACAAGGAUACAUGCAUUUUCGUGACCGGAGCUACGGGGUUCGUCGGAAAGGCGCUGGUGGAUAAACUUCUGAGGUCCUGUUCCGGACUGAACAGCAUCUACCUGUUGAUGAGGCCAAAAAAGGGAAGGGCUAUCGAGGAGAGAUUGAAGGAACUGUUGGACAAUCCUGUUUUCAGUAGUAUCAAAAAGAGGAAUCCAGAUAUUUUGAAUCGAAUAAAAGCAGUAGCAGGUGAUAUUACCUUACCAAAUCUAGGAAUCAGUGCCAAGGAAUACCAAAUGUUAAUAGAAAGAAUCAACGUUGUUUUUCAUUCAGCUGCAACAGUCAGAUUUGACGAAGAACUGAGGAAUGCCUUCAUUCACAAUACUUUGGGUACGAAAAAAGUUCUGGAAAUGUGCAACAAAAUGCAACAGCUCAAAAGCUUCGUGUACGUAUCCACCGCUUACAGUAAUUCUGAUAAGGAAAAUAUCGACGAAUCUGUUUAUGAACUGCCCUUUGAUUACGAAACUAUUAUGAAUUCUAUUGAAAUGCUACCCCAGGAAGCAGCAGAGGUCCUAUCAAAAAAAUUACUGGGAAGGCAUCCUAAUACCUAUACUUUGACGAAAGCCAUGGCAGAACAUAUCGUGCUAAAGCAUUCGGACUUGAUCCCGUCUGCUAUAGUUAGACCUUCAAUCAUUACAGCAUCAUGGAAAGAACCUCAACCGGGUUGGGUGGACAGUGUGAGUGGAAUAACUGGAAUAUUCAUGGAAGUUGGGAGGGGCACCAUCAAAUCUAUAAUUUGCAAGGAAAAUAUGAAAAUGGACAUCAUACCAGUGGAUACUGUCAUCAACACAGUAUUAACGGCAGCUUGGCAUACUGUUGCAUACAGAUCGAACACAAUGAGGGUUUACAACUGUACGAGCGGUAACACGAAUCCCAUCACUUGGAAGGAAUUCAGACUGUUGACUGAGAAAUAUUCCAAAGAGUAUCCCAGCAAAUACGUCACUUGGUAUCCGGGCAUCACUUACAGAACGAACAGAGCCUUGCACGCAGUCUGCGUCAAUUUGUUCCAUCACAUACCAGCAGCCAUUCUGGACGUGUUUCUUUUCAUGACGAAACGGAAGCCAUUCAUGCUGAAGAUGAGUCGGAAAUUCGAAGAGGCGAUCAUGGCAGGCAAAUUCUUCUCGACGAACCAGUGGAACUUCGAAGUGACCUCGAUGCGCUCGUUGACGAAGGCCGUCCAAAUGGCCAACGAUGGCGAACACUUCGAUGUCGACAUAAGCGAAAAUAACGGAUUCAAAUGGGACGAUUAUGUCAAGAAUUUCAUAUUGGGCGUCAGGCAGUUCAUUCUCAAAGACGAUCUGAGCAGUCUGAACCAAGCGAGAUCCAAACUAAAUAGGUUAUACUGGUUUCAGAAGAUGUUGCAUAUGAUGACAUUUUGUGUGGUAACAAAAAUGGCCUUAUCGGUACUGAUGGCCAGUAUGAGCAGAAAUACACUCGAAUUGUAAUGUUCUUGAAUAUCGUCUAAUGUUCUUGCCACU